AUUCAAACGAAAUGCCCGUUGACGGACGUCAAGCUGGUCUGUGAACUGAUCAUUUCCAUCGAGUAAUAACAACGGAUCAACUGUAAACCAGUCAAAGUGACACGCUUCGGCAUCGUCAAUAAGAGCGCCAAAACACAUACGCUGAGGACAGUCAUAAAGCAGACGGGCUUCCAUCUCGCUGCAACCUCCAGCGCAUGACCGCCGCUGUGCCGGAAGUUUCAUUGUGAAUAAUUAUUAGAUCGACGAUCGGCUAUCCGUAAAUUUGGACUAUCACCAUGGUCGACGCUUCGGAGCCUGUCGUUCCGACUGAGGUGUCUGAGCAGGACCUCAAGACCGAGCAGGCCAAUGACAGCUCGGUCGAGGUCGCUACCGCCGAGCAAGAUGGUCAGGCGAACGAGGCGAACGAGGAUCAGGAAUCAUCACAGGUCCAUCCUGUGGAGAUCCGGAUCAUCAGACCUACCAAUGCCAAAACCCUUCCACCGCGACAAGACUCUGGCUCGUUCCAAAGCCUCACACUCCUGCCACAAUCGCAUGAAACGAUUCAAGAGCUCAAAUUGGCCGUGAAUGAGUAUGUCGGCGGUUACUGGUUGGGUCCAUACUCUCUCAGAAUCCCAGUCUCGCAGCGAGAGGACGCGAUGACAACGGAAUCAGCUGCCAAGGCACCUGGGAAGGAGGGUCUGGCGGAGGUGAAACCUGGAGACAAGCUCAGUGACUGGUUGGAAGUUGGACAUGUCUUUGAUAGCUAUCCACCCGGCCGUGAAAGAGUGCUCGAGGUGCACAGGGAACCAUACUCUGAGUUUUCCGCUCGUCAGUCUGUUCUUCGACUCGUCGAGCUGCUGUCCACAACGGGGCCUGAGAGCUCGGGCAUGGCCAGUAUCGGUCUCAGCGCUGGCGCUACGAUCUUUGAGUCUGUACGAGAUGGCACUGCAACUGCGCCUGCUUUUCGUGAGGUCGAAGUGUCUCUACCAGGCAAGAAGAGCAAAGGGAAGAAGGAAAUUGUCAAAGUCAAGCAGGAAGGAAAGCACGCAUUCGCCGAUUGGAGUGGAGAUUGGCCACAGACAGACUUGCAGGCCAUCCCUAUCUCUCCAGUCACUCCCGAGGUCCUGCCAUGUCUCAAGAACAUUCAGCUUGCAGCUUUCAACCCUCCACCAGCACAUCUUAAGCAGGUCGGACAUCAGCUCUACCUUCAAGUCACGCUUCUGGAGGGCGACGUGCUCAUUCUGGUUUGUACUACGCGGGGGUGGUUUGUCUCUCGGUCCACGACCAGCUCCUUCGAUGCGGCUCCCCGCACUCAGCUUCAAUCAGGAGCUCAGGCAAACCUCACUCACUCACUUAUCGAUCUCUUGCAUUCUCUUUCGCCAAUGUUCACUGAACGAUUGAAUCGUCUACCACCGUUAUCUGUCACACCUCCUGUCUACGAGCCAAUCUCUACCGUUCCCAUUCCUCAAGCUGAACCCGCAUACCCAUUUCUCGCUACUCCGCCGAAGCCUGACGUUGAGUCUGAUCUCAUCAAGACCCAGCUUGCUUUCCUCCACACUGGUGCCGUGACUGCAGAUGGACUCGACGGAGCUCGGGACUGGAAUGAAGAGAUUCAAGGGAUCAGAGAGCUCCCCAAAAAGACGAUGCAAGAACGUGUACUGAGGGAGAAGAUUGCUCAAAAGACAUUUGCAGAAUUCACUGCGGCCUCCGUGCGAGGUGUCAUGGCAGUGGCACGUGGCGACAUACCCCCACUGAACCCCACUGAAGACCCUCGAGCCCACAUGUACCUCAUCUCCAACAUCUUCAUCACCAAAGCUGUCGACUCCAUCGACGCCUAUGCUCAUCUUGGAGGUGACGCAGCUGCUCACGUCUCUCAUGGCAAAGAUGCCGCGGGUGUCAAACUGCUCAACAAACUUGACAUCGAUGGCGUCAGCUUGCUUGGUCAUACGGUCGUCGACUGGGUCGGCGAACGAUGGAUCUGCCAGAGCAUGCUUCCUGGAAUUUUUUCGCGUCGCGCCGAAGAACCGAUCGAGGACACUGAUGCUCAGAGCGUCGCGGAUGGGCAGCCACCCAACGGUGAAGCUUCGGACAAGAAGGAUGAUUGGGUCAAGGUUGAUGGAUCUGCUAGCAAAUCAUCAGAGACAGACGACGGUCAGGUCAGAGCCGACGACAGCGUUGCUCAGCCCGAAGAACCCGCCGAAAACCCCUUGAUCGUCUACGGGUACGAUUCCGAGAUUCCCGGAUCGAUUCACUGGGACGCUACGACUCAUAAGCUGAUGGCCAAGGUCGCUGCAUCUACUCGAUUGGCACCUCACAAAGUCGCUAGUCGAGAUGGGAAAGAGUACGACUUUUACGCCUCGGCAGAAGUCAAAGCUCUGUGCGGAAACGACGGUCGACGAUACUUGCUGGAUCUUCCCCGUCUCAGUCCUGUAGAUGUCGAGUGGCUGGAGCGCGACGUCGAUGGCAAACUUAUUGAGUCGGAAGUCGAAGGUCCUGCCUAUCCUCAUCGAUUGGUUCUGCUCCGACCAGAACUGAUCGAGACCUUCUGGGAGGACAGCUUGAAACGAUGGGCUAGAGAGACCGCCACCUCCAAGGCCAAGGAGAGCAAGGCGACUGAGAUCCCUGUCGAAGCCUCAGAUGCGUCUGCAAAGGACAACGCCGCUGAAGAAGGGACUGUUCCCGAUCAGGAAACGAAGCCUGAUGUCCAGGAACCAAGCGUUGAAGCCUUGGACGCUUCGUCGCUAGCAGACUUCAACCUGACGUUCAACCCCGACGCUUUCACCGACCAGCCCGUCCCCAAGGGCUCAACCGAGACUGACAAACCCUAUCUCCCAUCCACUGUCACCGAUACUUCCGAUCCGUCUAUCAAGGCUGUACGAGAUGCUUCUCUUUUCCUGCGACAAGUCGCUGUGCCAGCUAUGGUCCUCGAUGCACUGGCUGGUAACCUGUCCGGAGUUAUGGAUGGCAUCAGUCUGAGCAAGGCAAUGCACGGUAGAGGUAUCAACAUCCGGUAUUUGGGAUAUUUGCUUUCGACCAUUGAUUCUUUCAGCAAGAGCACAGCUCCCCAAAAACCGCAGAUGGGUGUCUUGAGCUAUCUCAGGGCACUCAUCACCCAGGAGAUGUUCGUCCGUGCCACAAAGCACGUUGUUCGCUCGCUCUUGGUUGGCCUCGUACCGGAACACGCUCAAUGCGCGCUGUCACAUAUCCUGAACUGCUUGCUUGGUGCAGCACUCAACCCAUCCCCUCAAGCUAUCUACACGCCGCUCAACUUGGAUGGCGAAUCAUCCGCACCUGCCUAUACCCAGCUCACACCGGAGUCUCUCAGAUCCGCUAUCGUCGAGCAAAUCCAAAGCCGAUUCCGAUGGACAUUGGCUGAAUCAUACUUCGACCAAGAGAUAAGGAAGCCCCAGCUCGUACGCGAGCUUGCUUCGAGGAUAGGAUUCCAGCUGUUGCAGAGGGCAUAUACAUUCGAUGCGACAUCUAGAGAACAGGCUAACGGACAUGUCGAAGAGUCCAAUGGUCACGCUGGAUCGUCCCCGACAGCGCCGAGCAAAAAGGACAAAAAGUCGAAGAGCAAGGAGACAGGAUCCGCUUCAAAAGCUCGUCAGACAACCUUUGAGCCGAGCGAUAUCUUGACUCUUCUGCCAAUUAUCAAGUCCACUGCUCCUCCUUGCGCAGUCGCCGCCGAGAUCUUUGACGCUGGACGAGCGACGCUAAACCGAGGCAAUUUGGAUUUAGGUCUUGGCUUCAUGUUGGAAGCUGUUCAACUGUACGAAAACAUUCACUCGGUUCUUCACCCCGAAGUUGCCGCCGCGUACAACGAAUACGCCUCAACCAUUCACCAACUUGCUCGUCUCAAGAUCCAACAGCUGGCCAAUGAGAACGCUGACCCUGAGCAACCUCUUGAUCUGGAUCUCGCCCUGGCUUUGCGACUGCAGAGACAGGGAGUCAUCAUUGCCGAGCGAACUCUUGGCGUCUACCACUCGGAAACCUGCGCAUACUACUUCAACCUUGCCAUGCUGGAGCAUCUUGAAGGCAACACUGUGACGAGCUUGAAGUAUUUCCGCCACAUCUUAGACAUGUGGGAUAUCAUCCACGGACCCAAACACCCUGAGAUCAACACCAUAUUGUCGAACGCUGGAGUCGUCCUCCAGGCCAUGUCUGAGCACAAACUCUCGCUCGCUGUCUUGACCACCUCAUACGAUUCCACUGUGGCCAUGUUCGGAUCUAAUCACAUCCAGACCGCUCAAUCGCAACACCAGCUCACUCAAGCGCACUUCCUGGCCGGCGAUAUACCCGCAGCUCUGGCUUCAGCAAAAGCGGCUUUACCAAUCUUUGAAAACACUGUCGGCAAGGAUCACCACCAAACGAAAGAGGUCAUGCGCAAUGUGGAGAUUCUUUCCACCGUUGCAGAUAGCGUUGAGCGGCAAAAGGCUCUUGGUGAACAAGCUAAAGCACGUCAAUUGGACAGAUUGCACGCUGCUCAAUCGCGAGUUGGAGGAAUGGGUCGAAAGCGUCUUGGUCAGACACUGCCAAGCGCUAGUAAUCCGCUCGUAUCGAAUGGUGCCGCCGGCUCCAAGGCCAGUGGCACUCAGCCCAGCUCAAAGAUCGGAACUCGAGGUCAUCUUGACGUUGAUGAGCUGGUCAACUUUAUCCAAGGUGGAAGUUCAGCAACCUCGACGGGCACUGCCCGGAGCAAGCAGAGUUUGCGAGGCAAGAGGCGAAAGUGAUCGUUGAGAAAUGGUUUGAUCUUGUAAAGACACUUCAGAGAGGGAGAGAGGGAGAUAUCUGUUCUUCAGCGCAUUGGUACAGCAUACUAUAGCAUCUAGAUUCUCGGAUCAAGACAUAUCCAUACUCAUCACCACUCCAUGCAUGCUUUCAACCG